AUAAGAACCAAAACGGUUGGAAUUGUCAUUAACCUUGAUAGUGUUUUUGUUGUGACGAAGAACGAAUCAAAAGUUUACCCUGUGAAUGAAAAAACAAAAUAUUCAAUAAUGAUAGCCGGUGGUCAUGGUGAAGCAAACCCAAACACGUCUUGGCUAGAUUCUCGUGGAUUCUGGCUGGCCUACAUUUUGGGAAUGGUGUUCAUUCACUUAGUCAUUCUAUCGAUACCCUUCGUCGACAUUCCCUUUGCCUGGACCAUAACAAAUGUCGCACAUAACUUGGCUCAUCUGUAUUUUCUGCAUGGAAUCAAAGGUGCACCCUGGCUCAGUACAAAUACGUCAUCGGAAAGACGUUACACUCAUUGGGAGCAGAUAAAUUACGGACAACAGUUCACUGAAACUCGGAAAUUUUUGACUAUUGCACCGAUUGUAAUAUUUCUUCUUGCCUGUAUCUAUACUAAGAAUGAUGUGAGUCAUUUUACUGUAAAUUUUCUGUCGCUGAUGGUCGUACUGAUUCCAAAACUACCGCAAUUUCAUGGAGUGCGUCUGUUUGGCAUUAACAAAUAUUGAUUGAAAUCGGUUCGGUAGCACUUGGGUAAAUGAUGGCUGUUAAAUAAAUCGGUUUCGUAUUUUGA